UCCGGGUCGCUGGGGCAGGGGCUGGGGGCCGCGUGCGGCAUGGCCUACACCGGCAAGUACUUCGACAAGGCCAGCUACCGCGUCUUCUGCCUCCUGGGCGACGGCGAGUCCUCCGAGGGCUCCAUCUGGGAGGCGCUGGCCUUCGCCUCCCACUACAGUCUGGACAACCUGGUGGCGGUCUUCGACGUGAACCGCCUCGGGCAGAGCGGGCCCACGCCCCUGGAGCACUGCACCGACAUGUACCAGAAGCGCUGCGAGGCCUUCGGCUGGACCACCUACCUGGUGGACGGCCACGACGUGGAGGCCCUGUGCCACGCCUUCUGGCAGGCGGCGCGGGUGAAGAACAAGCCCACGGCCAUCGUCUCCAAGACCUUCAAGGGCCGGGGCAUCCCGAACGUGGAGGACGCCGAGAACUGGCACGGGAAGCCGAUGCCCAAGGAGAGAGCCGACGCCAUCAUCAAGCUGAUUGAGAGCCAGAUCCAGACCAACAGGAACCUGACGCCGAGGCCGCCCGUGGAGGACUCGCCCCGCAUCAGCAUCAAGAACAUCAAGAUGGCCUCGCUGCCCGCUUACAAAGUGGGGGACAAGGUGGCGACCGACAGGGCCUACGGCUCGGCCCUGGCCAAACUGGGUCAUGCCAAUAAAAGGGUCAUUGUCCUGGACGGGGACGCGAAGAACGCCACCUUUUCCGAGAUGUUCAAGAAAGAGCACCCCGAGCGUUUCAUCGAGUGCUUCAUGGCCGAGCAAAACAUGGUGAGCGUGGCGCUGGGCUGUGCCACGCGCGACCGCACCGUCGCUUUUGUCAGCACCUUCGCGGCCUAUUUGACCCGAGCGUUUGAUCAUAUCCGGAUGGGGGCCAUCUCCCAAACCAACAUCAACCUGGUUGGUUCCUACUGCGGGCUCUCCAUCGGUGAGGACGGACCCUCCCAGAUGGCCCUGGAGGACCUAGCCAUGUUCCGGAGCAUCCCCAACUGCACCGUGUUCUAUCCAAGCGAUGCCGUCUCGACAGAGCACGCUGUAUGCCUGGCCGCCAAUGCCAAAGGCAUGUGCUUCAUUCGGACUGGCCCACCAGAAAUUGCAGUUAUUUAUACCCCAGAAGAACAUUUUGAGAUUGGACAGGCCAAGGUCAUCCGCCACAGUGCCAAUGACAAAGUCACAGUAAUUGGAGCCGGGGUUACUCUCCAUGAAGCCUUAGCAGCUGCUGACCGUCUUUCUGAACAAGAUAUUUCCAUCCGUGUCAUUGACCCAUUUACCAUUAAACCCCUGGAUGCUGCCACCAUCAUCUCCAAUGCAAAAGCUACAGGCGGUCGGGUUAUCACAGUGGAAGAUCACUACCGGGAAGGUGGCAUUGGAGAAGCAGUAUGUGCCGCUGUGUCUGGGGAGCCUGACAUCCUUGUUCAUCAGCUGGCAGUGUCAGGAGUCCCUCGAAGUGGGAAACCUUGCGAAUUGCUGGAUAUGUUUGGAAUCAGUGCCAGACACAUCAUAGCAGCUGUGAAACACACUUUAAUGAAUUAA